AGCUGCUUUGGCUGAUCAUUUGUUGCUUCGUGGACCCGAUCAGUGACAUUCUGUGACCAUUGCGAUCAUGUCGUUCUGGGAUAUUCCUGGCAUGAAGGCUGGUGUGGUGACUGGAGAUCUUGCGUGGUCUCUCCUGCAACACGCGAAGGAGCACAAGUACGCCAUUCCUGCCUUCAACUGCACAAGUUCGAGCACCAUCAACUCGGUACUUGAAGCUGGCAAGGAGUUGAACCGUCCGGUGAUGAUCCAGUUCUCUGAGGGCGGCUCUGCCUUCGUCGCCGGAAAGGCACUUCCAAAUGAAAAGGGCAAACUACAGGCCUCUAUCCUUGGAGCCGUUGCAGGUGCUCACUUUGCACGCGCCGUGGCGCCAGCCUAUGGCAUUCCAGUGCUAGUGCACUCAGACCACUGUGCCAAGAAACUCCUGCCCUGGUUCGAUGGUAUGUUGGAGGCGGACGAGGCAUUUUUCAAAGAGCAUGGAGAGCCUCUGUUCUCUUCCCACAUGUUGGAUUUGUCUGAGGAACCAGAUGAGGAGAACAUUGAGAUUUGCGCCAAGUACUUGAAGCGCAUGGCACCAAUGAAAAUGAUUCUGGAAAUGGAGAUUGGCAUCACCGGUGGCGUGGAAGAUGGUGUUGACAACAGCGGAGCUGCCAAGGAGAAGCUGUACUCCACUCCGGAGGACGUGUUCAACGUCUACAAGGGCCUCAACCCAAUUUCUCACAUGUUCACCAUCGCUGCAGCCUUCGGCAACGUCCACGGUGUCUACAAGGCUGGAAACGUGGUGCUGAAGCCCGAGAUUCUGCAGGAGAUGCAAGACUACGCCCGCGAGCAGAUCAAGGCAUCUACCGGCAAGGACAUCGAGAGGCCUCUGAACUUUGUGUUCCACGGUGGCUCUGGAUCCGAGAAGCACCACAUUACAACGGCCCUGAAUGCCGGAGUGGUGAAGAUGAACGUGGACACCGACACGCAGUGGGCCUACUGGGAAGGCCUGUUGAAGUUCUACAAAAACAAGGAGGGCUACCUGCAGGGCCAGAUUGGCAACCCAGAAGGAGAGGACAAGCCAAACAAGAGCUACUACGACCCACGCAAGUGGAUUCGCGAGUGCGAAGUUGCCAUGGUGAAGCGAGUCAAGGAGAGCUGCACAGAUCUCUCGAAUACGAACUGAUCCCGAAAGCCAGAGCCGUCUUUCUUUUAAACCGUUUCUUCGCUUCAAAGUUUUCCCAAACCUGAGGCGACAUCGGCGACAUGUCUUUUUGAAAAGAGGCAACAAUUUUUUCCAGAGUCGCAAGAAACAUCCUUUAGCACUGCCAAUGUGUUGGUUAUCCUCGUUCCUGCCUAAAAUGUCUAGAACCUCUGCUUUCACCAUUCUAGCCGAUACUGGUACAAAGUGAGUGCAGCGCAAAGCCCUGCCAAAAUGCUUGCGGUUUGGUGCAUUUUGUGUACCUUCAAUUUUGACAAUCCAGAAUCCAGAUAAGAAACUUUCGUUUGGAGCAAAA